UACGAGACAUCAUAUUUAUGUGAAAUAAGAAAUUUAAAUUUAUUUUAUUGCUGAAGAGCGUACAGUUAUAAUAUAAUUCUCAGCAGGAGCAGAGUAAUAAAUACAAAAAUGAAUUCACAUAAUUCGUGUGAAGUGUGUGGAAAUAAAGACAUGGCCUUAAUCGAUGGUUUUUAUUACUGUGUGGAAUGUGGUACACAGGACACGAAUGUACGAGAAACAGUCGUUGAAAAAAGCAUAUUCGCUGAUGGAACGACUGCGUAUAGCACACGAAAAAAAAUCUUAAAAAUUAGUGAAGAUAAAGUUGAAAUGACUGGAGAAUGGUACAAGUGGCAUAUAUAUAACUUUAUCCUGUGUGGCUUAGCUGAUGAACUUAUAGAGCUCGGAGCGAAACCAAGCUUCAAAAUGAAACUACUAUGGGUAUGGUCGAACUACAUCAGGAAAUAUCAAAUAAAGGAUGACCUCGGAUUAACAUGUAAUAUAAAUGAAGAGAUGCAAUCAAAGUUACCAGGAAAAAGCCAAAGCAUUGAAAAAAUUUCUUCUGAAAACGAUGCAGAGGAUAGAUCCAAUGGAAAUAGCGGCUUAGCCACAAAGUAUGUAUCGCGCCAACGAGACAUUCGGGCCAUAACUUGUGGCUUACUUGUAUCUAUGCUGUAUACAGCACUAAACCUAGACAAGAGUGAAUUACAGAUGUCACAUUUAUUUCGCUAUAUCAAGGAGGGCAGACUUGAUAUAACUGAUUUCAGUAGGCACAUCCCUGACGACAUCAAUACCAAAUUAAUACCUGACUGGCCAUACUUUGUCAGGAGUUGCAGCCCAAGGAGACUGUUAAGCUCAAUCAAAUGUAGGUGGAUGACUAUGGCCUUAUUAAAUCAAUUAGAGAUAGGUCCACCGGUCUUGCCAGAUAUGAGGAACAUUGUGAAUAAUUUUAUAACCGAACUCUGCUUACCCAAUGAAUUUAAAAACUUAGUUCUCUCAUUAAUGUACAGUUUUCACAGUAUCAAAUUGCAAAUAAGUAAUGAUGAUUUGAACAAUUGUUAUAAAAUGCCUGAUUAUGAAUCUAUUGUUAUGGCAUAUAUUAUUGUAGCAUUAAAAAUAUGUUUCGGUUUAGAUGAUGAUUAUGAAUAUAGAUUGUCCAAAACGGUUGAUAAGAUAAAUGAAAAUAAACAAUAUUGCAAGUCCUACAAAUUAGGUUUUGCAUCUAAUAAGACCGAUAGAUUAUUUUCGUUUGAAGAUUGGAUCAAAUAUUUGCAGUUUCGAAGAAAAAUACUGUCAGUUCAUUGCAUGUUGGACACAGGAGAUGAACAUUAUCUGGAUAUGGAUGAUUACAUCUAUCUAGAGUAUUUACCAGAUAAACAAAACAACAAAAUAGAUUUAAUCGACGAGCUAUCUAUGAAUAUAUUAGAUAAAAUACCGCAAAACAAUGACAUCAGCAUUAUCCCUAAAGUGGAUUUUGGAUACAGUUUAACUCCCUUAUCUGCCUACACAGAAGUAAUAGCAAAUCACAGCACUGAUAGUAACCACAUUAUGUUACUCAGUGAAGAGUUUUCUAAAUACUCAUUAAAAUAUUCAUGCGAGAAUCUACAAUUGAUAGAUUUUGAUACAUCUUCAAAUUUAAUUAAAGGUGUUGAUGGAACCAAUAAAGUGAUCAGUAACUGUGAGCUUAUGGCUUACGAUAAAAAACUAAAAUACAGUAAAGAUAUAGAAAUGGUAAUAGUCAGGAAUUGUGACAACAAAAAUUGGAUUAAAACGAACAAGCCUACUUUAGAACAUAUUGUUGACGAGAAGAAUGAAAUUCAUGACGAGAAAGCAAGCGAUCAGGGAUAUGACUCGAAUGAGAACAGUAGUGACAAAGAUGUUCCUACAGAGAGUGUUAGUGUGGUCGAAACUGAUAAGUUUGAAACUAUUGAGGAAGAAGAUGAAGAUAAGAAUAUCUUUGAUGAUGAUUUUUUGGUAUACGAAAUAAAAACAGAACCCGAGGACUCCGAUCAUGAGAACAUGGAUCCACAACGUGACGAGAAUGAUAUUUUUAAUGACGAUUUCGAUGAUCGUAACCCAGACAUGGAUGAUAGCAAAAGUGUACACAGCUACGACUCGUUCGAAUUUAAUCCAGAAACGUUCAACAGAGAACGGGCCAUCAAAGAAUUAAUCCUCAAAGCGUGCAAAACAUAUAAAAUACCUAUACCAAAAGAGUACAGAACCACUGAACCAAGAAAGCGAAAAUCAGAGUUCUCCAACAACGAAGCCGGCGUGUCUAAAAGGCGUCGAACAGAAAAACGCGGGGAAGCUAAAAUACAAAUAAACAAAUUAUUAGAAGCGUAUUAUAGUCAAAUGGAGAGAGACGUCGUGACUCAAGUCGCGCAUGAAUUGAAAAAUGUCAUUUGGAAUUUAGAAAAUGCUAAAAACGUAACGCAAAAUUUCGAUGACAAGAGUCACGUGUCCCUUUCAACAGAAACACCAGCAGCCAGUUUCGUCGGCGCCGAUGAAGGGGCUCCAAACGAUACGAAAAAUGAACAGGAAAUUGAUUCACAAAAUACGAGUGCCACAGAUUUAAGGACAGGCGAAAACACAACAUUACAAGAAACUAAAUUGGAAAUUGUUGAAGAGAAUGAACCAAAAUUAUUUGAUGACGACAGCGAUGUUGACGUUGAUGAAUUAAUACCUAAAACGAAUCCAAAGUUUGACGAAAACGAAUAUGAUAUCAGCCAGCUGUACAUGAAGAUUGGUAAAAUCGAAACCGAGGAUAUUUGUGACUCGAUAAAGGAUGCACUAUUAACAAAAAUCAUCGAUAAAAAUAUUGAAGAUUAUAAAGCAGGAAAAAUAAUCAAACAAUCCAAAGGAGUAGACGAGAGAUCUAAUGAUUCUACCGAUUCCGAGGAUGAAGUUCCUCUUAUUGUAUUCAAGGAAGCCAAUCUAAAAGAGCCAUUGAUAAAAUUAGAAAGAAUACAAGACUUCAAAUAUUGGUUCAGACAUUACAAAUAUAAUUUUAUGGUUAAAGCCGAUAACAGAAAAGAGAAAUUCGAAUUUGAUUUGAUAAAGAACACACCGAAAACAUUCUAUUUUUUAUUGAAAGAGUGCGCAUUAAUAUCCGACAGUACACCAUUUCGUAUUUAUAAAUGUUUGUCGAGAAUAGAGCAGAGUAUUCUAAGGCUAACCAAAACUUAAUUAUUCACCAAUCUGUUGUGUGUCACCAAUUUCUUUGAUUACCAAAAUUCAUGAACCUUAUUGUGAAAGUGCUAUAGCAAUUAGGUAUUUGGGAAUUGUCAUUGUUAUUAUUACAUGCUUUUACCAAAUGACAUUAACCUGUUGUUACCUUUGAAUCUGUGAUAUUAGCUGUAAUUUUAUAAUAAAUUAUUAUAUUGGGGAUCAUCAAAUGAUUCUUAACUUAACGUUUUGAUUAUUUUAAUCUCCAUCAUACAAGC